AUGAGAUCAUCAUUUGUGGUUGAUGAUGCAUGGUGUGGAAAAAAAAGGAUCAAGGGAGAAGAAAGAUUGAGGACACUUUCUGAGAUUGAUCACGUCAAAACUGUCUCCACAUGCACCAAGAAUUUGGAAGACAUGGCUGAUCAAGUCAAUUUUGUAGUGGGGUCCCAUGUUUGGGUAGAGGACACUGAGUUAGCUUGGAUAGAUGGAGAAAUCCAGGAAUCUAACAAAGACGAGGUCACGAUCCUCUUUGAAUCGGACACGAGGGUUGUGAGAAAAUCCGCUAACAUGUAUCCCAAAGAUCCAGAAUUCCCACCUGCUGGUGUGGAAGAUAUGACAAGACUGGCAUAUCUGCAUGAACCAGGACUUCUUCAGAAUUUGCAAAUUCGAUAUUCCAUAAAUGAGAUUUAUACAUACACGGGAAGUAUAUUGAUAGCUGUAAACCCUUUUCAAAAGUUACCUCAUUUGACUGGAACUAGUACCAUGGAAAAGUAUAAAUGUGCGGCCUUUGGUGAGCAGAGCCCGCACCCUUUUGCUAUUGCAAGUUCUGCAUAUAGGUACCUCAUGAUAAACGAAAAAAGAAACCAAUCUAUUUUGGUUAGUGGAGAAAGUGGAGCUGGAAAAACUGAAAGUACAAAGAUGCUUAUGCAGUAUCUUGCUUUUAUUGGAGGGAGAGCAGAAACUGAAGGACGGUCUGUGGAGCAACAAGUUCUCGAGUCCAAUCCAGUUUUAGAAGCAUUUGGCAACGCAAAGACAGUUAGGAAUAAUAAUUCUAGUCGUUUUGGUAAGUUUGUGGAGAUUCAAUUUGAUCAAAAGGGGAGAAUUUCAGGAGCUGCUAUCAGAACAUAUUUGCUGGAACGAUCCCGUGUUUGUCAAGUUUCUGAUCCUGAGAGAAACUAUCAUUGCUUUUAUAUGCUGUGUGCUGCACCAAAAGAGGAAUCUGGUAAGUAUAAAUUGGGAGAUCCAAGAAAAUUCCAUUACCUUAAUCAAUCAAAUAGCAUUGAGCUGGAUGGGUUGGAUGAUUCUAAGGAGUACUUUGCAACUAAGAGAGCUAUGGAGGUUGUUGGGAUCAGCUCUGAGGAGCAGGAUGCUAUAUUUCGAGUAGUAGCUGCAAUACUUCAUUUAGGAAACAUUGAUUUUGUUAAGGGAGUGGAAGAGGUGUUUGAUUCCUGUCAGCCCAAGGAUGAAAAAUCCUAUUUCCACCUAAAAACCGCAGCUGAGCUUUUGAUGUGUGAUGAGAAGUCCCUUGAAGAGUCUUUCUGCAAAAGUAUUAUAGUGACUCGUGGCGACACCAUAACAAAAUCACUUGAUCCAAAUUCUGCAGCUCUCAGAAGAGAUUCAUUAGCUAAAAUAAUUUAUUCAAGGCUUUUUGACUGGAUUAUGUGCAAGAUAAACGACACUAUUGGGCAAGAUCCAAAGUCAAAUAGUUUGAUUGGAGUUCUAGAUAUAUAUGGAUUUGAGAGUUUCAAAACCAACAGCUUUGAGCAAUUCUGUAUCAAUUUGGCAAAUGAGAAAUUACAGCAACAUUUCAACCAGCAUAUCUUCAAAAUGGAGCAAGAGGAAUAUAAAAAGGAAGAGAUUGAUUGGAGUUAUAUUGAGUUCGUGGAUAAUCAAGAUGUUAUUGAUCUCAUAGAGAAGAAACCAGUUGGCAUUAUUUCUCUCCUGGAUGAGGCCUGUAUGUUUCCAAGAUCAACGCACGAAACAUUUGCUGAAAAGCUGUAUCAAACCUUCAAAGACAACAAACGCUUCAACAAGCCAAAGUUCUCUCGCACUGACUUCACCAUUAAGCAUUAUGCUGGUGAUGUCACUUAUCAAACUGAUCUUUUCCUUGAUAAAAAUAAAGACUACGCUAUUCCAGAGCAUGCUGACAUACUCAAUGCCUCCAAGUGCUCCUUUGUUUCAGGGUUGUUCCCACCUUUACCUGAGAAUGCUACAAAAUCGAAAAAGUUCUCUUCAGUUGCCACUCAGUUUAAGCUACAACUGCAAUCUUUGCUUGAAACACUAAAUGCUACCGAGCCACACUACAUUCGUUGUGUAAAGCCAAAUCAUCUUCUGAAGCCAGGGAUAUUCGGGAACAAAAUUGUGUUGCAGCAGCUUCGAUGUGGAGGAGUAAUGGAGGCAAUUCGGAUAAGUUGUGCUGGAUAUCCUACUAGAAAGAAAUUUGAUGAAUUUGUUCAGAGGUUUAGCAUCCUGGAACCUGAGGUUCUGAAAGAAUGCCCUAAUAGGAAGACUGCUUGCAAGAGGCUUCUAGAUAGAGUCAAUCUUAAAGAUUAUCAGAUUGGAAAGACAAAAGUGUUUCUGAGAGCAAGUCAAAUAGCAGAACUAGAUGCAUGUCGUGCAGAGGUCCUGGGAAGAUCUGCAAGUGUUAUUCAGAGAAAACUCCGCACGUUUCUCUGUCAGAAACAGUUCAUCUCAUUGCUGUUGUCUGCCAUAGAACUUCAAAGGGUUGCGAAAGGACAACUUGCACGACAUCAGUAUGAAUGCAUGAGGAGAGAAGCAGCUUCUUUGAAAAUUCAGAAAGAUUUCCUAAUGCAUGUUUCCAGAGAAGCUUACAAAAGUAUUUAUGCCUCAGCUAUUUAUAUUCAAAUUUGUUUGAGAGGGAUGGUUGCUAGAAAUGACCUUAGAUUCAGAAAACGAUCACAAGCUGCAGCUGUUAUACAGGGUCUAUAUAGAGGUUAUAUUGCUCGUACUUAUUUCCAGAGGUUAAAGAAAGCAACAAUUUUCGUAGUGUGUUCCAGGAAGAGAACAAUGGCUCGGAGAGAACUUCGAAAGCUUAAAAUGGCUGCCAAAGAAACAAAGGCACUUGAAGCUGCAAAAAAUAAUCUGGCAAAGAAAGUGAAAGAUUUAAUUUCGUUUCUAGAGGAAGAGAAGACAAUGAGGUUCGAAGAAAUCAAGGAAGCCAAGAAACAGGAAACUGAAAAACUGCGGCUUGAUUUGCAAGAGAUGGAGUUUCAGUUCCAAGAAGCUAAGGCAGUGCUCACUGAGGAACUAGAGACUGCCAUGAAAGUAGUUGAGCAACCUCCUACUUUACAAGAGUUUCCUGUUAACGAUGAGUUUAUCUAUAAGCUUAUUUCAGAAAAUGAACACCUUAAGGAACAAAUUAGUUCAUUGGAAAAGAAAAUUACACCGGAUUUUCUUGUCAAUGCUGCUGACGCAAUCAAUAAAUUUGCAUCGGAAAAUGAACAUUUGAAGGUAUAA